AAAAAAGUAGGAAGCUGGGAUUGGAAACAGAGCCAGGCACUCCAGUAUGGGAUGCAGGUGUCCGAAGUGGUGACUAAAUUGCACCUAACACCUGCUCCUUAUUUCUUAUUUUUGAUUAGGAUAUAAAAUUGCAGUUUGAGGUCUUCACAGAAAUAAAUAUUGCUACCUAGUAUGACUGACCAAGGUCCAAGAGCUUUGUGUGCUCUGUGUUUUAGUUCUUUAUUUGGGCUAUCUUAGAUAGUCAUCGCCACAACCCUUUGACGUCACUGUUGUUAUUUCAUUUUUAUAACUGAUGAACAGAAAGGUAAAAUGGGGACAGAACUGAGGUUCACAACCCAGCAGUCUGGCCCUAGUAUCCAAACUGAACCCUUAGGCCCAGUUAUCUCUAAGGAAACACUGGUUUCCAACUCUAUGCCGUUCUAGAACCCGUCAUCAAUAUGAAAGGGACCAUAGGAACCUGGAAUGAAUAGGACAAGGAAGAGGCCUUACUGAGCUAUGUAGAAGAUGAUCAAUAGUAGGAAGUCUAGGACACUCCUGAUUCCUUGACUUGGAUACUGAUGGUGAAAACAGCCUAAUCAUUGUUUACUAGUGAUGCCUUAGUACAGAGGGUGAUGAUUCAUCAUCUUUCUUUUGGCUUAGACCCAUCUCUGGAAGGCAUGUGUGGCCCUGAGCAUGCCCAGCUGGGGGAAGAUGGGCAGCAGCCGCCACGGUGCGCCUCAACUACCUCAUCUCAAUCUGAGCCUUCAGAGCAGCUUAGGCGCCACCAAGGCAAGAUCCUAGCCUCCGAGGACCCCAAAAAGAAGAGAGCCCAGAAGCCCUCCCACAUGAGGAGAAACAUACGAAAGCUACUCCGGGAAGAUCAGUUGGAGCCAGUUACCAAAGCAGCACAACAGGAAGAGUUGGAAAGAAGAAAGCGUCUGGAGCAGCAGAGGAAGGAUUAUGCAGCCCCCAUUCCCACAGUUCCCCUGGAGUUCCUCCCAGAGGAGAUUGUCUUAAGAGCAAGUGAUGGUCCCCAGCUGCCUCCUCAGGUCUUGGCCCAGGAAGUCAUUUGUCUGGACAGUAGCAGUGGCAGUGAGGAUGAAAAAAGCAGUCGAGAUGAGGUGAUUGAACUGAGCUCUGGAGAGGAGGACACUCUGCACAUUGUGGACAGCAGUGAGUCUGUCAGUGAGGAGGAUGAGGAAGAGGAGAAGGGGGGCACCCAUGUGAAUGAUAUCUUGAACCAGCAUGACUCUCUUGGGCGGGUCCUUGUCAACCUGAACCACCCUCCAGAGGAGGAGAAUGUCUUCCUGGCCCCUCAGUUGGCCCGGGCCGUGAAACCUCAUCAGAUUGGUGGAAUCCGGUUCCUGUAUGAUAACCUAGUGGAGUCCCUGGAGAGAUUUAAGACCAGUAGUGGCUUUGGCUGUAUCCUGGCCCACAGCAUGGGUCUGGGGAAGACUUUGCAAGUGAUCUCCUUCAUUGAUGUCCUCUUCCGCCACACGCCAGCCAAAACAGUCCUUGCCAUUGUGCCGGUUAAUACCCUUCAAAAUUGGCUGGCAGAGUUCAAUAUGUGGCUCCCAGCUCCUGAAACCCUUCCAGCUGACAACAAGCCUGAAGAAAUCCAGCCUCGAUUUUUUAAAGUUCACAUCUUGAAUGAUGAGCACAAGACGAUGGCAUCUCGUGCUAAAGUGAUGGCUGAUUGGGUGUCAGAGGGUGGGGUGCUGCUGAUGGGGUAUGAAAUGUACAGACUCCUCACUCUGAAGAAAUCCUUUGCCACAGGUAGAACGAAGAAGUCCAAGAAACGCUCUCACCCGGUCAUCAUUGAUCUGGAUGAGGAGGAUCGCCAGCAGGAGUUUCGGAGAGAGUUUGAGAAGGCCUUAUGCCGCCCUGGCCCUGAUGUGGUGAUCUGUGAUGAGGGCCACCGCAUCAAAAACUGCCAGGCCAGCACCUCACAGGCUCUGAAGAACAUUCGCUCUCGCCGCCGGGUGGUGCUGACUGGGUACCCCCUGCAGAACAACCUCAUCGAGUAUUGGUGCAUGGUGGACUUUGUGCGUCCAGACUUCCUUGGCACCCGGCAAGAAUUCAGCAACAUGUUUGAACGCCCUAUCCUGAAUGGGCAGUGUAUUGACAGCACGCCUCAGGAUGUCCGCCUCAUGCGGUACCGGAGCCAUGUCCUGCAUAGCCUCCUAGAGGGCUUUGUGCAGAGGAGAGGCCACACUGUACUGAAGAUUCAUCUGCCUGCCAAGGAAGAGAAUGUGAUCCUAGUGCGGCUCUCCAAGAUCCAGCGAGACUUGUACACGCAGUUCAUGGACCGCUUCCGGGAUUGUGGCAGCAGCGGCUGGCUGGGGCUCAACCCUCUCAAGGCUUUCUGCGUGUGCUGCAAGAUCUGGAAUCACCCUGAUGUGCUGUAUGAAGCUCUUCAAAAGGAAAACCUGGCUAAUGAGCAGGACCUGGAUGUGGAAGAGCUUGGCUCUGCGGGGACCAGUGCCCGCUGCCUGCCCCCAGGAACAAAAGGCAAGGGGGAAGAUAACACUUUGGCUUCCUCGAUGGGAGAGGCAACCAAUAGCAAGUUCCUACAGGGAGUUGGCUUCAACCCUUUCCAGGAGCGAGGCAACAACAUUGUCACAUAUGAAUGGGCUAAGGACCUUCUGACUAAUUACCAGACUGGAGUCUUAGAGAACUCUCCCAAGAUGGUACUCCUUUUCCACUUGAUUGAGGAAAGUGUGAAGCUUGGGGAUAAGAUCCUCGUGUUCAGCCAGAGCCUUUCCACCUUGGCUCUCAUUGAGGAGUUCUUGGGGAAACGAGAAGUGCCCUGUCUGCCUGGUGCCGAGGGACAAGGAGCACAGAAGUGGGUUCGCAACGUCAGCUACUUCCGGCUGGAUGGUAGCACCCCUGCCUUUGAGAGAGAGCGGCUCAUUAAUCAGUUCAAUGAUCCUAGCAACCUUACCACCUGGCUCUUCCUUCUCUCCACACGGGCUGGAUGCUUGGGUGUGAAUCUGAUUGGUGCCAACCGAGUGGUGGUGUUCGAUGCUUCCUGGAACCCUUGCCAUGAUGCCCAGGCAGUAUGUCGGGUAUACCGAUAUGGCCAGAAAAAGCCCUGUCACAUCUAUCGCCUUGUGGCCGAUUACACCCUUGAAAAGAAGAUCUAUGAUCGUCAGAUUUCCAAGCAGGGCAUGUCAGAUCGGGUGGUGGAUGAUCUAAAUCCGAUGCUGAACUUCACCCGGAAGGAAGUGGAGAAUCUACUGCACUUCGUUGAGAAGGAGCCAGCUCCCCAAACAUCCUUGAAUGUGAAGGGGAUUAAAGAGUCAGUCCUGCAGCUUGCCUGUCUGAAGUACCCUCACCUUAUCACCAAGGAGCCUUUCGAGCAUGAGUCAUUGCUCCUCAACCGAAAGGAUCACAAGCUGACCAAAGCUGAGAAAAAAGCAGCAAAGAAAAGCUAUGAGGAAGACAAACGCACAUCAGUCCCCUACACCCGCCCGUCGUAUGCUCAGUAUUAUCCUGCCAGCGACCAGAGCCUGACCAGCAUCCCUGCCUUCAGUCAGAGAAACUGGCAGCCAACACUGAAAGGUGAUGAAAAGCCUGUGGCCAGUGUUCGUCCUGUCCAGUCCACUCCCAUCCCAAUGAUGCCCCGGCAUGUCCCACUGGGAAGCAGCGUAAGCUCUGCCUCCAGCACAAAUCCAUCCAUGAACUUCCCGAUCAACUACUUGCAGCGUGCGGGAGUCCUUGUGCAGAAGGUGGUCACCACAACGGAUAUUGUUAUUCCUGGGCUCAACAGCUCCACAGAUGUUCAGGCAAGAAUUAAUGCUGGUGAGAGCAUUCACAUCAUCCGUGGGACAAAAGGGACGUACAUCCGUACCAGUGAUGGGCGAAUCUUUGCCGUCCGGGCGACUGGUAAGCCAAAGGCCCCUGAAGAUGGUCGGAUGGCUGCUGCAGGUUCCCAGGGGCCUUCUCAAGAAUCCACAAGCAACGGCAGACACAGUGCCUCAUCACCCAAAGCCCCUGAUCCUGAGGGGCUGGCCAGGCCCGUCUCUCCUGACAGCCCGGAGAUCAUCAGUGAGCUCCAGCAGUACGCAGAUGCAGCUGCUGCCCGGGAAUCCCGUCAGAGCUCCCCAAGCACCAAUGCCGCCCUGCCUGGCCCUCCGGCCCAACUCGUGGACAGCAGUGCUGUUCCUGGGACAGCUCUUGGGACUGAGCCUCGACUUGGGGGUCAUUGCCUCAAUAGUUCCCUCUUGGUGACUGGCCAGCCCAUUGGUGGCAGGCACCCAGUGCUGGACUUAAGGGGCCACAAGCGAAAGUUGGCCACUCCACCUGCCGCCCAGGAGUCAACCCGUCGGCGGUCCAGGAAGGGCCAUCUGCCAGCCCCCGUGCAGCCGUAUGAACACGGGUAUCCAGUCUCUGGCGGGUUUGCCAUGCCACCCGUCUCCUUAAACCAUAACCUCACCCCCCCCUUCACCUCCCAGGCUGGGGAGAACUCCCUGUUUAUGGGUAGUACCCCCUCCUACUACCAGCUGUCCAAUUUGCUGGCAGAUGCCCGCCUGGUAUUUCCAGUGACUACUGACCCUCUGGUGCCAGCAGGCCCCGUCAGUUCCUCUUCCACGGCUACCUCAGUCACUGCCAGCAACCCCUCUUUCAUGCUCAACCCCUCUGUGCCAGGGAUACUACCCAGCUAUUCACUCCCAUUCUCGCAGCCACUCCUGUCCGAGCCAAGGAUGUUUGCGCCUUUUCCUUCCCCUGUCUUGCCCAGCAACCUUUCGCGGGGCAUGUCUGUCUACCCAGGCUAUGUGUCCCCACAUGCAGGCUACCCAGCUGGUGGCCUCCUCCGGUCCCAGGUGCCUCCGUUUGACUCUCACGAGGUCGCCGAGGUGGGCUUCAGCUCCAAUGAUGAUGAGGAUAAGGACGAUGAUGUGAUAGAGGUCACUGGGAAAUAGCUGGGGAGUCCCUCCCCACCUCACUCAAGGCCCCCAGCAGGUUGCCCCACAAACAGGAAGGCAGUGAUCUGGGCUUUGUGAGAAUAGGGCACUUGGCAGGACGGAAAAGGACAAAUUCAAAGAAGGGUGAUUGGUCAUGGUGUUAGGGCUCUGUUGCUGUUUAACAAAAGAGGCAAAAUAAUAAUAAUAAUAUCCAACAGAGCAGCAAUAGGGAGAAUUCAGGGACCCAAAACAGACAGGGAUUAGAGGGGCGUGGCCACCUGCCUCUCUCCUCCUUCCUGCCUUGCUUAUGCUGUCUGCUUGCUUGCCCGCCCGCCCGCCCGAGUUAGAAGCUCGCAUCCCAUUUCUGUCUUUGGGAACAUUCUCUCCCAAGAAAGCUGCCUUACUGGGUAACUUAGCUUGGCCUAGGAAGGGGAGGGGAGGGAGGGAGGGUGAGUGAGAGAGAGAAGGAGGGUGGGCAAGGGGAGCAGACUGAGAUCCCGUGGGUCAUGGGGUCAUUUUAGGGGGUGGGAAGGAAGCAGACCAGGUAUGUGUGUUUCUGAGUGUGUGUGUAUGUUUAUGUAUGUAUGUACAUGUGUGCAACAGAGCAGGGGUGAAGAUGGGAGGGGAGGGAGGGAGGAACCAAGGGGGAAACUAAAAAUGAAUUUAUCUUUUUUUUAUAAUGCAAACCAGAGUGUGUUGGCCACUAUUAAUGUAAACAUCAGGGUGAGCCUGGGAGUACAGCCAUGGAAAUCACAAGUUUCCUUCUAAGCUGGGUGAAGAGAAGGCCUAGCUAACUGAAGUCACUGGUCUUCAAAACCAUGUCUGUUUUAGAAUUUGGGGGAAAUCAUGAGAGAAAAUGGGCAUUACUAAUCUCUUCUUUUCCCCAGUGGCUGCCUCUGAGCAGGGCUCCCUUCCCAGCUGGGCGGCUGUGUGGGAAGGAAAAGCACGGCCGUGGAUGAGUGAGAGCUGGUGGCGUUGUGGCUGGAAGAGACUGACCGAGCCCCUUGCAGCCUGCCCUGCUGGCCUUUUUCUUCUUCCCUUCCCUGCUAGAGAGCUCCAUGUUAAUUUAUUUCUUAUGGGCAAUUAUUUAUUGUUUGGACUUUUCAUGUGUCUUUUUUUUUUUGGGGGGGGGGGGACAGGGUGGAUAGGGGUAAGGAGAGUAGGAGAUAGAAAGGGAGGGGAGUUUCCAGAUAUCCCAGACUCCGUAGCUGCUGGUGAAAAGAGUCUUGGGUGGAUGGUGAACUGACCAGGGAAGAAGACUUAGGCUUGACCACGGUUUUGAUUAAACAGCUGCUUUUAGGAAGUGGCCCCUCAGGAAGAUCAGGGAAUCCUGAGACUGGAUAGUGAGCGGGGAGACUUAUUUAGCAGAAACUGAAACUUAGGAUCAUGAGGUUUGUUACUGGGAAGUUGAUGUGGAGCUGUGUCCUCCUGGGAUGACCUUAGAGGCUGUCUCUCCACCUUGAAAGGUGAAGCCAUGGAUAGGAAGCUGCUGGCCUGAGGGAACAGACUAUCGUUGUCCUUGUAGGAAAGGUCUUGGCUUUCCCAGCCAGUCAGGUGAUGGAUGUGGUAUCUCCUGUUUCCAUCUUGGAGGGAACACAGAGGAGCCCUGCCUCAGUAGGAGCCCUAGGUCUGGCUGUUAUCUUAAAAGAGCACAUCAGUCAUUCUGAGUUCCUCCUUUCUUCUUCCCAGUGCCGAGGGAGGGGCAUCUAGUGCUUCAGCAUAAACACUGGCUGUCUUCAUGUUGGUGUGUCUGUGUGCCUCCACCCCCAAGACUGCCAGACAGUUCUUUAUGACAAACAAACCUUGUCCGCCUUUAGAGCUUUCCCACCUGCCCAUGGCUCCUUCCUAACUGGGCAGCUGCCGAAGGCAGAUUAGCCAGGUCAUCUCGAUAGUAGUCCUGCAACUCUCAUGACCAGCCCAUUUCCUCUGGGCCUUAAAGACUUCGGGGGACUGUCCCCAGAGAACAGACAGGAAGUGUUGAUGGGGUAUGUGUGUUCAUGCGUAUUUCUGUGCUGUCCCAGACACCUAAAAUGGAACUUAGGAGCUUUCUUUGUUUUCAUAAGCACUCUGUCAGACACUUAACUCUGCUACUCAUAGAAGCCUUAGAUCUACAAUUUAGCUAUGCAAAUUAUUUUAAUAAUUUAAAAAUAGCAGUUCCAACCAGUGCUUUCUCUUUCAGAUGCUUCCCAAGAAUGGGUGGUGAAGGGACUCAGUUGGAGUAGGCACUCAGGUUGAGAUUGGUGCAGUAGGAGUGAACUAGCACAGCACACACAGAACCUGGCUUACACUGAGGCCUCUCAGGUGCUGGGGCAUUGAGAUUCCAGUGUGUGUGUGUGUGUGUGUGUGUGCGCGUGUGCGCGUGUUGUUGUUGUUUUUGGGAGAAAAGGAGUAUUUAUUUGUUCACUUCUAAGAUACACUGCAGCAGUCUCUCAGAGUCCAGAAACCAGUUCCUGGAAGGAAGGGCUUUAGAAGUGGCAAGGAAAAAUGAAUGGGUGUUCAGAGGGGCAGCACAUGCCUGCUCGCCACCCACUAGUCCCAGGGGCUGAGUCUAACUUCAGCUCAGCAGAAGCUGUAAUUCUGGGAGCCUGGCCUGGCUACAUAAGGCUUUCUCUGAUAUGUGGAGCUUCUGUUCCAUAGAGAGUUUGGAAUGGGGUCAUGGGAAAUUGGACUGCUCCCACUUGUGGGUUUUGCUUUUUGUUUUUUGAAGAUGUGAACCUGAAAAGAAACUGACUUUUCUGCUGUCUCCAAGUGUGCUGGUAGGCACAGGUGCAUGCUUACCAAGCAUUUGUAUGUGUUUGAGGGAAUCAAGAAAGGUCUCAGAGCCUAAGAACCCUGUUCGACACUUUGACAUUAGGUGGUGUUCCCAUCGAGUCCUGAGUGAAGGAAGGCUGGUGAUUAGAGGGAAGGCAGAUCAGGUCUGGCAUUUUCCUUCACUGCAUCUUCCGUCGAAUGUUGUUAAAGGCCUUCCAAGGCCUAUCCUUCUGGGUUGGCCCAAGCUCUUAGCUUGGGAAGCACCAUAUACAUAAUAAUUCAGGAUUAGCAUUUGUAGUGAUGCUUGAUUUUCUUUUCACCAUAUCUUGUGGAUAAAAAUUGACCUGGGAUGAAGUAGCUAUUUGAUAAAAAAGUAAGUGACCCAUGUUGGGUCAGAUCUUUUACUUAAAAUCGGCUCUCUGCAAAGUCCUCACCCCUUUGAAUUGUGCUUCUCAAGCACCUAUCUCAUCAUCUCCUGACUCUGUCACGUCCUUGGAAAUCCCUUCCCUAGGAAUUAGUGUGUAGAGUCUAUCUAUUUGUGACUCACAACUAAAUAUGAAAUUUCCCAUUCUGGAAGCAUAAAACAAAGAGCUGGGGUACACGUUUGCUGAUUGGCUGAAAGAACUAAGCUUUAGCAGUCUGGGCAGGAAAGUCAUCCUGAAGCUGUCAGCCAAGCAGGGCCCUCUGUGACAGCCCCUCCAAGCCUGUCAUUGCUCUGGAAUUGAGUCCUCAGCCAUGGGAAAGGUCUUCUGGGAAUUUACAUUCCUUGUUUGUGGUGUUCCUGGAUAGGACCUCCUGCCUCCUAUUUCCCUUUGAUUUUCCGGAACAGUCUCUCUCUUCUGAGCCAUGGCCUUUGUGCCCACAGCUAAGUGGCUCUUCCCCUACUAAACCUACUAAACCUCCCCCAGGAAGUCAGCACCUCAACGUCUCUGAGAAUGCUGUGCUCUCCGUGGGCCACCUUCAGACUUCCCUCCCUACCUGCUCUUCCCUCUUGCCCCGUGUAUUCCACCGUGACCGGUUCAUGUCUGUCCUGUGCCACACGCCUGGCCCUAGGCCUUUCAUGACUACCCGAGUCUUACAGCGAUGAACUUCCUGAGCAGGCAGUAUCGAACUUCUUUCCACUUCAGGGACCUGAGUCUGCUGUGUUCCCUUCUCGCGGGUCUCUGAGAUAAUAGUAAUCCAUUGUGUUGGGGGCAGAUAGCCAGGCAGGCUGCAGGGUCUGGGAUGCAGAGGACUGGGGGAAGGUUUGGGUACUCUCUGCUACCACUACUGGGAUGAUAUUUACAAGAGCGGGGACCUCUUACUGUGACCUGACCCAGGAUCCUCCCUGGAAGAAAGCCUAGCCCAGCUGUGUAUGUGUGUGUGUGUUUGUGUGUGUGUGUGAGUGAGAGAGAGAGAGAGACUGUGUGUGUGUAAAAUGACUUAUCUGGUUGUGUUACUCAGGGUGGGCUGGGGGCUUACCAGAAGAAUCCUCCCCCAGUCUGCCCAAGACAGGUUUUUCCUUGUACCCUCUUGAGGAGUUGGGGGUGAGGGUCCAGGUGGGUUGAGGGGGUCAUAAUGGAUAACCACUAAGCCCACACUGCUGCCAGGGGGAAUGGGGAGAGAUGAGGUGGCCCCAGGGACCUGGCACCUGGCUUUGGUUUUCCGUCUUAUUUCCUCAGGACGCCCCUGAGGCCUGGGACCUGCGCCUGGCUUUGAGGAGCAUCUGUGGCUGGGUGGCCCAGCUGCUGGUGUGACCAUGGGCUUCCCUCCGCUCUCAGCAGGGCAGGCGCUCCUGCCCCACAGACCGGGCAACUGGCUGUUUCUAUGACGUAUUUAUUUUUACUUGUGUUUCAUGUCACUUUUUUAAAAAAGCAAACAGAACAAUUGUAAGUCAGUAUAACUGCCUAUCAGUUUUCUUUAUUUCUCUUUUUGUAAAAUAAAAUUUAAACUCAAGAAGGCA